AUGCCUGCCCCGACCGCCAAGCAGGUAGAGGUUUCUGCCCCGCCAAUCGAGGCGACCUUCCAAGAGCCUCAGCAAGACGAGGAGCUUCUCCUCGAUGCGCCGACCCUGCCCGAGGAGAUGGAUGCGAUCCUGCCCAGCGUACCGCAGAACGGAGAGGAAGGCGAGAUGGUCGUCGACGAGGAGAACCGCCCGCGCUUUGCGCCCGCCAGAGACAUUGACCCCGUCACCAGAAUAGAGACUCGCAAGGUCCCCGUACCUCCUCACCGUUUCACCCCGCUCAAGUCUUCUUGGCCCAAGAUCUACCCCCCGCUCGUCGAGCACCUCAAGCUCCAGGUUCGCAUGAAUCCCCGCCGGAAACAGGUUGAGCUCCGGACCUCGAAGCACACCACCGAGGACGGCGCCCUGCAAAAGGGCGAGGAUUUCGUCAAGGCAUUCACCCUGGGCUUCGACGUCGACGAUGCUAUUGCGCUGCUGCGUUUGGACGACCUUUACAUCGAGACUUUUGAGAUUCGCGAUGUCAAGCAGGUUAUGGGUAACGAGGCGCAAGGCCGUGCCAUUGGUCGCAUUGCAGGCAAGGACGGCAAGACAAAGUUCGCCAUCGAAAAUGCCAGCAAGACCCGUAUCGUCCUGGCCGACAGCAAGAUCCACAUCCUCGGCGCAUACAAGAACAUCCACAUGGCUCGCGAGUCCAUCGUCAGCUUGAUUCUCGGAAAGCCGCCUUCCAAGGUCUACGGCAAUCUGCGGACGGUCGCAGCGCGCAUGAAGGAGAGAUUCUAG